CAUUACGACUCUUUUGGAGGCUCAUUCAAAAUGGAGUAAAGCUUACUGACACAAAUAUAAACAUACAGCUUUAUACUACUCUUUUAUUUAUUAUAACACAAACAGGUUGUUACUCAUUAGAAAACAAGUAGCUCCUGCACAAUGACAGAAGAAAAGAAGACGGGCUCUUUGGGUUUCUUUUCGAGCUACGAUGAUCUGAGCGACAGCAGCGAUGGCAGCGACUCCGACGAGGAGGGGGAAAGUCGGAAGAAGAAGCCGGGGACAGACGCUCAUGGCGGGGGAGCACAGUCCUCACAACACGGGACCAAACGAGCCGCCGGUGGAGCUCCGUUACCCAAACCUGAAGAGUUGUUCGGCUCCGUGUCCAAGCCUGCCUUCCUCUACAACCCGCUAAACAAGGAGAUAGACUGGGAGAGUCUGACGGUCAAAGCUCCUGAAGAGCCUGCCAGAGAGUUCAAGCCAUGGAAGACAAAUGCUGUGCCCCCUCCUGAGAGCUACUCUUCAGAGCCAGAGAGGAAGAAGGGACCUCCCCCAGGCAUGGACAUGGCUAUAAAGUGGUCCAAUGUGUACGAGGACAAUGGGGAAGAUGCACCGCAGCCUUUUGGUGGCACCGCCCGUUUCUUACCCCCCGAUGAGGAACUCUCUGAGUCAGAUGAUGAAUCAGACAAGCAAGGCCUGUCUUCCAAGAAACGUCGAGUGGAGACCUUUAAGCAGAAGGAGAAGAGGAAGAGGGACCAGGGACAAGCGACCUCUGACAAGAAUUUUGUAGAGGAGGAGAAAAGGAUCCUCAGGCAAAAUGAUGAUUGAGACCUAAACCCUCCUGCAACAAGGAAUCUGUUUCGAAUUUAAAUAUUGUAUGUCAGCCGAGACUGCUCACAGAUAUUAGCACAGUGCUCAUUGCUCAAGUAGGUGGUAUGCUGCUAACAUAAAAAGUAAUUCUACCUUUUAUGUUGAUCAUUUGCAAUAUUAUCAUAUUUGUUUUGUUUUCAAAGCACACCAAAAAGUAGAAUUCAUGACAGUCCCACUGUUUCAUAUUUUUAAUCAAGAACUUCUGGUUUUCCCUUAAAAAUGCAGGUGUUUGACAGUGUGGAGGUUAUUUUCAUAGUUUUGGUCAUCAUACCUCAUGGUUUUAACCCACCCGUGCUUUUCCAAGACACUGGGAUGAAGGGUAUUUCAAGACCCUUUACAAUGUGAACAGGGCAUUAUCCAACAAGUGAUAAGACAGGUGUGAUCUCAGUCUGACAUCACCUUUGCUUUACUUCCAAAUAUGUAGUCUAGACAACAGGGUGAAUGAUACUUGAUUUAUCGAUUGCGCUUGGUUGGGUGUCCCUGGCUCUUUUCAAAGAGGCUGGUGCAUACCAUAUUAUCAUAACCUAAUAAUAAAGAAGGCCAAAACUACAAUAAAUGUAAUAAAGGGUUGAGUCUGUGCUGACACAUUGAACAUAAAGGAACAUAAAUCUGCUUAGUUGGCUUUGCCUCCUGUUAGCUUUUAUUUAAUGAGGUAAAAUAGCAGUGACGUCCGGCUGUGGUUGUUUACUCUGUGUUAUUCUUGUAUCAUGUUAAAUAUCUAAUCACAGCUGACAUAUGAAAUAUGUGUUUGUGUUAAUAUGUUGACUUUCCUUAAAAUAUGUGAUUCAAAUGGCUGUAAAUCUGUUACUGCAUUUUAAAAUGUUGCUUGUUCUUCCUGCUUAUGGGCACUAGAUGUCGCCCUUGAGCUAAUUUAGAAAGCGUCCUUCCUGUUUGAUCUGAAAUCUGCUGCACACUGUGGGAGCAUUCAGCACCACCAGGGUCGGUUUUUAUUGUUCAUCAGGAGUGGAUUUCUGAUCUUUGAUAUGGAAGUUAGUCUCAUCUCAGUUCUCUUGAGAUACUUGAUGCAUACAGACAGUUUAUUCCAGUAUGUACCUUGUAUUACACAACAUUUUACGUCCGGUGACAUUUAUCCUCUUGCAUGUUUAGUAUCAGAGGAUGUUUGAAACAUUGUACUGUUUUAUGGACCUUUUGUUUCUGCCAACAGAUGUCUUAUUCUGUGUAAAAGGUUGUAUAUGGAUACUUUUAUAGUUUGUACUGCUCAUCAUAAAUCACUUAGGCAAUAAAAAGUAUUUUACUGAAGA